AUAGUUUACGCUCGGCUCGAUCGUCACAUACGGCCGCCAUCAACUCUGGGGCACCACGGCAAUUUCCGACCACCCUCGAUCCUCUUGGCUGAAGCUCCAGAGCGCCAGUUACCAAACUCAUCACCAUGCGUCUAUCACUCCUCCUCGCAUUCAUCCUCCCCUUCGCAGUAUCCGCUUCUCUCCAGGAGCAAAUCAUAAUCCCACCAAUGCCACAAACCAUCGCAUCACCGUUCACCAGCUCCCAGCCCACGCUCGCAGACCUGCUGACUAUCGAGCCUUCAGCGAGCAUUUAUUACUCGUAUGCUCGAGAAACGGAGUUGUCAUCUAGAUUCUCUUCUGAGUCUGUUUGGUUUACGAUGCUCGUACCGACGAACAAGGCUGUCAUGGCACUGGCACAUAAACCACACCAAGGUCCGGAGCCGGUAGAGCCUCGUAUUGGGAUAUCAGAACAAGAGUUGGAUGAAAGCUCUAAGAGAAAUGUAGAGCGAUGGGUCUCUGCCCACAUCAUUCCUUCUCGUAUCUCUUUAUCCGAUAUCCCUGUUUCGUAUGAAACGCUGCAAGAUGGGAAACUCGUUACCUUCAACCCUGUUUCCAACACAAGGCCUGACUCGCCUGAGUGGAUGCGGGUGACUUUGGAGGAUGGAGUGCGCAUAAUUGGGAUGAAGGAGGCACAGAACGGCGUAUUGUAUCUGAUAGAUGGUACUGUCGUUCCAAACUGAUUACAAUCUCUAUCGUCGCUCGACAUAUAAUAUAUCAUAUUGUACCACCUUGA